AACCGGAAGUUUAGCUGUUGUUGACACACUGGAAGAAAAUGGCUGCUGCUCCGACUUUUUUUCAAUGAAGACACCGAUAUUUCAAUUUCAUUUCGUUUUCUUACAUCGGAGCUACAGUCGACCGCUAUGCAAUCUAAAAGGCUGUGAAUGGUCACUUUAGGAAGGUGACAGUGUGGGUCAGAAAGGACAGCAUCGUCUACCGUCACUCAGCUCGCAGCUGGCGGUGGACCACAAUGCAACAAGUUUUGGAAUAUGCAUUGGAUCGAGCGGAGUACAUUGUUGAAAGUGCUCGACAACGACCAGCCAAACGAAGAAUUUCAUCUGGCGGGAGGAAGAGUUUGUACCAGAAGCUCUAUGAGCUCUACAUAGAGGAAUGUGAGAAAGAGCCAGAGUUAAAGAAUUUGAGGAGAAAUGUGAAUCUACUGGAGAAGCUGGUGUCUCAGGAGUCUGUAUCAUGUCUGGUGGUCAAUCUGUACCCUGGGAAUGAAGGCUAUUCUUUAAUGCUCAGGGGCAAAAAUGGAUCUGAUUCUGAAACCAUUCGCCUGCCAUAUGAAGAAGGAGAACUGCUGGAGUACCUCGACGCUGAGGAGUUGCCCCCUAUUUUGGUGGAUUUGUUGGAGAAAUCACAGGUGAACAUCUUCCACUGUGGCUGUGUAAUAGUAGAGGUCAGAGACUACCGGCAGUCUGGUAAUACCAAGAUUCCCACCUAUCAGAGCAGACAUAUCCUACUGCGGCCAACCAUGCAGACUCUCAUCUGUGAUGUCCAUGCCAUGACCAGUGACCACCACAAGUGGACACAGGAUGACAAACUGCAGUUGGAAAGUCAGUUGAUUUUGGCUACAGCUGAACCUCUGUGCCUGGACCCCUCCAUUUCUGUUACUUGCACAGCUAACCGCCUGCUUUACAACAAACAGAAAAUGAACACUCGCUCCAUGAAACGGUGUUUCAAGAGGCACUCUCGGGCUGCACUGAACAGGCAGCAGGAGCUAUCCCACCUUCCCAUACCACCACAGCUACGACUCUACGACUACCUACAGAGAAGAAAAGAGAGGAAACCCGCGCCUGUCAUAGACCUGAAGAUCUCAAAGAUCGGAAACUGUGUUGACAUGUGGAAGCAGAACAACUGCCAACUAACUGUGCCCAAGGAAAUUGAUGUGGAAAAGUACGCUGUGGUUGAGAGGUCUUUGCAGUUGGCAAGCUCUGAACAUAAAACUGUGAUCUGGCCUGCUGAGGAAGUUGUAGAUGACUACACAUUUGAGUGUGAAGUUGGGGGCCAAGCUCAGAGGACCAAGGUUUCUAUUUUCCAGUCGAUGGGAGACCCGCUUGUGUACGGGAAGAUCUACUGUGCUAAAGAAUCAAAAGCAGAGGACGACAGUCCAGACCUAAAGCUCAUACAUCCUCCUUUCCUCAUAGGUUCAAAGAUUGAUGCGGACCGAUUUCUUACUCAGUACAAAGGAGUGUAUGAGAGAGACGUCAAGUGUCAGGUCAAAGUGUCCCAUAACUCAGGCAACAUGGGUCAGGGGCCUCCCUCCCCUAGCAAAGAUGAGGGUGAUGGUAUUUCUCCACUGGUCCAGACUUCUCUGUUGGGAAAAGGGGUGAAGCACCGGCCCCCUCCCAUCAAACUGCCGUCAGGAUCAGGAAGCAGCUCCUCAGGUAAUCCAUAUAGUUCACAAACCACCAGUGGUCUACUUAAGUGUCCUACACCCCCUCCAGCCAAAAGCCAGUCUCUGAACAGAAAGCACUCAAUGGAGCUGGGCCAGGUGGGCCUGCUGUCACCUGCCUCCCUCUCCCCAAUGGGAUCCAAUCAGAGAUCGGGAACCCCCAAGCCAUCUACCCCAACGCCUACCAAUACGCCAUGCUCGACCCCUCACCCCCCUGAUGCCCUCUCCGCUCCUCUUUCAGUGACCCCUACCCCUUCAGACCCUCCCUUGGUUCAGAACCAGUCACAGAAUGCCCUCCUCACGCCUUUUACCCAACAGCCGCUAGCUUUAAGCCAGACGCUGCCCGUCAUGACUAUUCCCCUGCCCACCAUGGGUACAUCCAUCACUACAGGAACCACAUCGUCACAGGUCAUGGCCAAUCCAGCAGGGCUCAAUUUCAUCAACGUGGUCAGCUCAGUCUGCAGUCCUCAGGCUUUGAUGAGUGGCUCCAAUCCCAUGCUGGGCACAGGCUUAAACCUGAGUGGAAUCCUGCCAACUGGAGGGUUGAUGCCUACCAUGCAGUCUGCAGCACAGGCGGGGAGUCCUUUUGGCCUGAAUAGCAGUGCUGGGUUGAGACCUCUGAACCUACUCCAGAUCCCCACUGGUCCUCUCAUCUUUAAUUCUCUGCAGCAGCAGCAGCUGUCUCAGUUCUCCCCACAGCAGAGUCAGUCAGCCACCUCCAGUCCUCAGCAGCAAGGGGGGGAGACGAGUGACCAGGGGUCAGAUCAAAGUUUAGGGAACCAGCAAACGGCUGUCAUAAAUCUGGGAGUGGGAGGCUUCAUGUCUCCACAGGCAGCAGUGCUGUCCCAGUUGGGCUGUGGGCUGGACGGGUCUGGGCCCCCGCUGCCUUCUCCAAGGCUUCAGCAGCAGCACCAGCCACAGAUCCAAUUGCAAUUCUUGCAGCACCAAAUGCAGCAGCAGCAGCAAAUGGCUAUGGGAGCAGCAGCUCCUCAGGGGGGAGUGCCACGGCACCAUACCGCCAGCCAACCAAGAAGUAAGAGGAAGAGGAGCACGCCUCAGCCCCUCCCCAAAUCAUGAAAGACUUAAAUCACACUAAAACCUUCCCCCCACCCAAAUCCACACACAAAAGGACGUGAAUGAUCCAUAUUGUGCUCUUUACCUGCCUCGCUGUCGAGAGUGUAGGCAAAAAAACAACGAAAAACCCCACAAAAAACUCUUUUCUGUUUGUCUUUUUCUAGCUGACAAAUUUGUAUGUAAUGGUUGUCAGAUGUUUGGGAGAGAACCAAAACUGUGUCCACCGUAGGGGAUUUGGGGGGGGGGGGGGGUUAGAAAAGGGAGCCCUAAAGUUAAAAAAAAAAUAUUAAUGCUAUUUUUUGAGAUGACACAGAAGAGGAUUGUUGUAGGUAGUGGGCUUCCACAAUAACGCACCACCCCCCUCCUUUGUGGAAGAGCUGUCUCUGAUGGAGGCCCUGUGAACUGAGAGGAUCGCAGAUGCACAUUCUCAGAGGAUUCCCCUCGAGAAGCCCGAUCCUCCUGCCUCUGCUCGGUUGACCCAGGUAGAAACUGCCCUUUAAGCACGGAUCCCGACAGAGCGUACUGACACCAAAUCCUCCCUGUGUAACCGUUACAUGUGAAAUGCAAAUCUGAUCUUGGAAUUGUGCCUGGGGGCAGCUCUCUACCUCUCAGUCUGUUGGAAGUCUUUCUUCUUUUAAGCAGUCCCAGCACAGGGCUCAAACGAGGACUCAAGAUCAUCAUGCAAGAUGGUGUACCUGCUUUUGUACAGCACAUUUUGAAAAGGCAUUUCCUUUUAAUUAGUACAGGAGCCAUGAGCGUAUUCUUACGAGACAUCAAGUGAGUGUGUGUGAGACAUUUCCGGACACUGAGAAAUAAUUUUUUAAAGCGGUCUUUGUCAGCAGUUUUAUUGUUAUUAAAAAAAAAGAAUAUAUAUUGA